AUGGUCAAACUUCUUCCGCUUGUCUCGUUGCUUCUUUCUGCCAUUCCUGUUUUGAUUUUAGCGCGUCCUUAUGAAAAAAUUCAUUACCAUAUUGCCACGUUAAAUCAUCAUCAUAAAGUUAAUGAUGAUUUUGGUGCUAUUAAAAGUAAUAGUAUAGCAACCAAACUCGAUGAAAUUAAUGCGGAUGCUAGAAUAUCUGGAGCAGAUGAAGAAGAUGAAGAUGAAUUACGUUUAAUCCAAUUGAGUGAAGAUGAACCAGCUGAAUGGAUGACCGUUGGUGAAAUUAUGGAUUUAUACAGGAAAAAAACCAAGUUCAUGGAUAUCACAGAUCAUCAAGAUUUGGGUGACUUUUAUAAAGCUACUACGAAAACUAGACAAUUCCCUGUCCAACCGCAAUUCCAAAACGAAGUUAAACCCUUCAUUAAAGAAUUGACUACAAAACAUAUGGAAGAAAAUUUGAAGAAAUUUACCUCAUUUCGCACUCGUUAUUAUCGUUCACGAACUGGCAAAGAAUCGUCCAACUGGCUUUAUGAGCAAAUACUCGGAAUAAUUAAAAAAGCAGAAAAUGAGGUCAACGUUUCCGUGAGAAAAUUCGAACACUCUUGGGCUCAAAACUCGCUAAUUGCACGUUUUGAAGGCGCCGACGAACAGAAAGAAAACGAAGUUGUCAUUAUUGCAGCACAUCAAGAUUCAGUAAACAUGUGGAUGCCAUCAUUUGGACGUGCUCCCGGAGCUGAUGACGAUGGCAGCGGCACGGUUACUAUCUUGGAAGCAUUCAGAGUUUUAGUUGAAAAUGGGUUUAAACCUGAACGCCCGGUUGAGUUCCAUUGGUAUUCGGCUGAGGAAGCUGGUUUACUUGGCUCGCAAGCCAUCGCUCAAGAAUAUGCAAAAGAAAAAAAAGACGUUAUUGCCAUGUUACAGAAUGACAUGACUGGUUAUGUUGGCAAGAAACCCGAAACUUUCGGCAUUGUUACCGAUUAUGUUAACUCCGACUUGACUAUCUUUAUAAAGUCUCUUAUUGAAGAGUAUGCUGCAAUCCCAUACACUGAUACCAAAUGCGGAUAUGCAUGCUCGGACCAUGCGUCAUGGGGAAAGGCGGGUUACCCAUCAGCUUUCGCCAUCGAAUCUGAAUUCAGCAACAGUAAUCCUUACAUUCACUCAACCAACGACGUCCUCGAAAACCUCGAUUUCAAUCACAUGCUCGAAUUCUCAAAAUUGUCUGUAAGUUUAGCCGUAGAAUUGAGCCAUAUUUAA